AUGGCAGCUCAAGCAUCGGCUCCUAAUCUCACGCUGAACUCGCUCUUGAAUGUGGAAAACAAGAUAUGCCUCGUUACUGGAGGAGGAACUGGAAUUGGAAAGAUGAUAACAGCUGGAUUAGUACAGAAUGGAGCAAAAGUCUACAUUGCUUCACGUAAACGAGACGUCAUUGACGCUACUGCCAAGGAAAUAAACGAUAUGGGUGGACGAGGAGUCUGUAUUCCUCUUACAGCGAAUCUCGAGACCAAGGCUGGAUGUGAGGCACUAGCUAAUGAGAUCAAGAAGUGUGAAAACGUGCUUCAUGUCCUAGUCAAUAACAGUGGAAUCACAUGGGGAGCCCCAAUGACAGAUUUCCCAGAGAAGGGUUGGGAUCAAUUGUAUGCUGUAAACGUGAAGGGUAUCUUUUACCUUACUGCCUUCUUACUGCCUCUGCUUGAGAAGGCCGCAAACGGAAACUUUGAUCCUGCUAAAGUUAUCAACAUAAGUUCUGCCGGUGGUGUCAUGGCCGGAGAUAUUGAAGCUGGAGGACUUGGUCAAGCUGGAACAGGAACUCCUUCAUAUAGUAGUUCCAAAGCUGCUGUCAACCAUCUUACUAGAACUAUGGCACUAACGUUGUCGAAAAAGUUCAUUCAAGUAAAUUGUAUUGCUCCAGGUUUAUUCCCAUCUCGCAUGAGCAGCUUUGCCCUUAAACAAGAGGGGGCUGCCGAAAGAUUCGAUGCUUCUCAACCAAUGAAGCGGAUUGGAGCCACUGAGGAUAUGGCCGGCUUAGCUCUCUUCUUGUCGUCAAAGGCAUCAGCACACAUCACCGGACAAGUGUUUGUACUCGAUGGUGGUCAAAGUGUCACGGCGAGUGGCCGAAUUAUGCCUAAAGCCGCCGUUGUCAAGAAAACUAAAGCCGCAAAGAAGAACACCAACUCGGCUGACGCCAAACGGGUCUCUCCAUACAACAUGUUUAUCAAAACUGAAUUGGCUUCCGUAAAGGCAGAAUUCCCAACAUUGACCCAUCGUGAGGCUUUCAAGAAGGCUGCUGUGUUUAAUAGUAAACUGAUUAUGCCUAAAGCUGAAUCUGUAAAGAAAUCUGGCAAAAAGGUCGUAGGUCAAAAACGUGGUAUUAGUGCAUAUAAUCGGUAUAUGAAGGAACAACUUCCAAUCGUGAAAGCUGAACAUCUUGGACUUGAUCACAAGGCAGCAUUCAAAAUGGUCGCCACCAACUGGAAGCUCCAUAAAGAACAGCAGCUACAGGCUGCUGCUGAAGAAUAA